GACAGUCACAAUGUAAAAUGCUUUGAUCAGAGUUAACUUGCGGUAUACCGUAUACGUACGUGUAUGCUGUGCGUGGUAAAUAGGCUUAUCCAGUUACAAUUUGCGUUUUGUGCAGGAUACACAAAUGCUGGUAAGCAACCGCUUAUUAUCAGUCAUUUCUGUGUUUGCCUGGAUUAUUUUUCUUGGGUGCAAUGACGGAGUAUUUUGUGAGGAGGAAGCAACGGAGAUUUUUCACGAUGAUUUUCAAACGUUGAAUCUUGAGAAAUGGGUCGUAUCCAAUGAGCAUGACGCAACCGAGGAUUCAAAUUUCGAUCCUUCGAAUGUGUUUGCCAAGAACGGUCUGCUGACAUUAAAAUCGGCUCGGGAGCGUCACGAUGCGAAACGGUCGCGUAUUAAUGCUGCAGUAACGACAAAGGAUUCGUUUAAAUACGGACAAAUCUUAAUCCGCGGAAAGCAUCCACACGUUUACGCGGUCGACAGCUCUGCCUGUUCUUUGCUGAUGCUAGUGCCGAUUGGCAACAAGUCCUUUCCCAAUACGUCCAUCGGUGCUUGUGCUGCUACACCAAUUUUGAUAACUGCACAUCAGACGUACGUCACGGUCGCCGGUGAAAUUACUACUUAUGGUCAAACUUUCAUGAGCGAUACAGAUUUGACCACUGACUACCACACUUACCGGCUGGUGUGGACGGAAGAACUGAUGGAAUUGUAUAUGGACGAUAUCCGCCUGUUUAACCUAACAGUUCCCGGCUUGGAAAACUGGCCUGCAAUGCGCAUACGAUUGAUGAUUGGUUUUCCAGAUCUUCCGAAUCUCCGUUCCCUGUCACAAGAACGCUCCCCAGUUACAUCAUACGAGUUUCUUGUAGAUUAUGUCAUUGUGGUGCAACAAUAUAGCGGAUUAAGAACAAAUAGUGUCACUCUUCGGAUAGCGUUGGGCGUGGCUCUACCCCUUACCAUCCUGGUAUCAGGUGGAUUUAUUUAUCUGCUGGUACGACGCGCCAGAUGCCGUCGUGCCAAGCGCCGAAAUAUCAUUUCCAAAACCGUCGGACUCCCUCGAUCAUCCAGUCACUAUGAUGCAACAACGUUGGAACGCAAUGCCCAUGUUCUGCAGUUGCUUCAAAGUGAAAGCGUUAAGGCUCGCGAAAUCACUCUGCAGAAUUUGCAGAUUACGAAUAUUAUUCUGGGGCGAGGAACAACAAGUGUAGUUAGGAAAGGUGUGGCCACAGGCCUCAGUGGCUAUUCGGAUCCGGUCGGCGUAGCAGUCAAGAGCGCCCGUGACACAAGUGAUCCGGUGGAGAGCAGACAAUUGCUCCAGGAACUGAAAAUUAUGGCAGCGAUGCCGCAUCAUGAGCACCUUCUGCAACUGUUGGGGGUGGUAAUAAGAGGUGACCUUCUUUUGGUUCUCGAAUACUCCAGGUUUGGUUGCUUGAAAAAUAUGUUGAAAACUUACGGCAUCGAACGGUUUUAUAAUCAUGUGGACGCGGAUGGCGCGAUUCUUCCGUACGAUGAUGACGAAGCGGAGCGAAUUAAACUAGCCUCCGAUAGAGUAGUAAUGCGCCGUGAUGAAAUGGAAGAACUCGAUGGGGAGGUCUUGUCCACACAAACUUUCUUGCAUUUCGCUCACCAAAUCAGUCAGGGCAUGCAAUUCCUCAGUACUCUGUCCAUCGUUCACCGCGAUCUCGCUGCUCGAAAUAUUCUAAUUUGCGACGGAUAUGUGGCCAAAAUAUCGGAUUUCGGAAUGGCGCGGAUGGCUACCGAAUGCUCUGUAGAAGAUCACAAGGAAGCGCUGCCGGUUCGCUGGAUGCCACCGGAAGCCAUCGUAGAGAAACUCUACUCGGAGAAGUCGGACGUGUGGGCGUUCGGUGUUCUUCUGUGGGAAAUGUUCAGCUUAGGUGCUCUUCCUUACGCGGAGGUCCACGUUUCCACCGGAAAUAAAAUUUCGGAUUUCUUAGCUUCGCUAAAGACGGGAUUACGUUUGGGCAGGCCAGCAGCAUGUCCGAAUGCCAUAUACAGUUUAAUGGGACAAUGCUGGCAGCUCCUUCCAAAUGAUCGGCCGAAUUUUGGCUGUCUCACGCAAAGUCUGCGUGGUAUAUUGGAGGAUGCUUGUACGCAGAUUUAUCAUCGCUUGGAUUAUCGAUGCCUUCAGCCAGAUGCGGCUAAGAAAGGCGGAUGACGAAAAUUUUAUAUAUGUAAUUACGACAUUAUUGCGUACUUGAAUAAUUUUAUCAAUGAAAAAACUAUAAA